AUGACGGCCACAGCUGCAGUGGAGGCACCAAAAAUGGAGAAGAGUGCCUCCAAAGAAGAGAAGCAGCAACCUAAGCAGGAUAGCACGGAGCAGAGCAAUGCUGAUUCUGAAGAGUGGAUGAGCUCUGAGAGUGACCCUGAACAGAUAAGCCUUAAGAAUGGUGACAACAAUAAUAGCUGCCAACCUGGGGAUGGUCCGCUGAAGAAGAAGGGGAUGUCCUCCAAACCACACCGCCAGCUCUGCCGAUCACCCUGCCUGGAUCGUCCAAGCUUCUCUCAGAGUAGCAUUUUACAGGAUGGUAAGCUUGACUUAGAAAAGGAAUACCAAGCCAAGAUGGACUUUGCUCUAAAGCUGGGCUAUGCUGAGGAACAGAUUCAAUCAGUACUGAACAAGCUGGGCCCAGAAUCCCUUAUUAAUGAUAUAUUGGCAGAGCUUGUCAGACUUGGGAACAAAGGUGAUUCCGAAGGUCAUGUCAACUUGAGUCUGUUAGUGCCUCGUGGGCCCAGCUCCAGAGAGAUUGAAAGUCCUGAAUUGUCUCUUGAAGAUGAAAUAGACAACAGUGACAAUUUGAGGCCGGUUGUCAUUGAUGGAAGUAAUGUGGCAAUGAGCCAUGGCAAUAAAGAAGAAUUCUCCUGCAGAGGAAUACAACUUGCUGUGGAUUGGUUUCUAGAUAAAGGCCAUAAAGAUAUUACUGUAUUUGUGCCUGCAUGGAGAAAGGAGCAAUCCCGCCCCGAUGCACCAAUUACAGAUCAAGAUAUUCUGCGUAAACUGGAGAAGGAAAAGAUUCUCGUCUUCACGCCAUCCCGAAGGGUCCAGGGCAGGAGGGUUGUCUGCUACGAUGACCGGUUCAUAGUCAAACUGGCUUUUGAUUCUGACGGCAUCAUUGUAUCUAAUGACAACUACAGAGACCUUCAAGUCGAAAAGCCAGAAUGGAAGAAGUUUAUAGAGGAGCGAUUGCUGAUGUAUUCUUUUGUGAAUGACAAAUUUAUGCCUCCAGAUGAUCCUUUAGGACGUCACGGCCCAAGCCUUGAAAAUUUCUUAAGAAAGAGACCUGUUGUUCCUGAGCACAAGAAGCAACCAUGUCCUUAUGGCAAAAAAUGCACCUACGGCCACAAGUGCAAAUACUACCAUCCGGAGCGGGCCAACCAACCCCAGCGUUCGGUGGCUGAUGAGCUCCGCAUCAGUGCCAAACUGUCCACAGUGAAAACCUUGAGUGAAGGCACCCUGGCCAACUGUGGCACAGGGAUGUCUAGUGCCAAAGGUGAGAUAACCUCAGAGGUCAAACGUGUGGCCCCCAAGCGCCAAUCAGAUCCUAGCAUCCGGUCCAUGGCUGUGGAGCCUGAGGAAUGGCUGUCUAUUGCCCGUAAGCCUGAGGCCAGCUCUGUCCCUUCACUUGUGACUGCCCUAAGUGUCCCCACAAUUCCACCCCCCAAAAGCCAUGCAGUGGGUGCACUCAACACCCGUUCGGCCAGCAGCCCAGUGCCAGGAUCCUCCCAUUUCCCCCACCAGAAGGCCUCUCUGGAACACAUGGCCAGCAUGCAGUACCCCCCCAUCCUGGUUACCAACAGCCAUGGGACCCCUAUUAGCUAUGCUGAGCAAUACCCAAAGUUUGAGUCCGUGGGGGACCAUGGCUACUAUUCAAUGUUAGGUGACUUUUCCAAACUGAACAUCAACAACAUGCAUAAUCGAGAGUACUACAUGGCUGAAGCAGACCGGGGGGUGUAUGCCCAGAAUACCAGCCUCUGUCCUGAUAGCCGUAUGAGCCAUCCCAGGAAUGACAACUAUUCCUCUUACAACAACCUGUACGUGGCUGUAGCUGAUGCCCAUCCUGAAGGCAGUUUGAAGCUGCACCACUCAGCAUCUCAGAACCGUCUUCAGCCUUUUCCUUAUGAUUACCAUGAAGCCUUAACGCGAGUACAGAGUUAUGGCCCAGAGGAUUCUAAGCAAGUCCACAAGCAGUCAGUCCCCCACUUAGCUUUGCAUGCCCAGCACCCAGCAACUGGAGCACACUCCAGCUGUCCUGGAGACUACUCCAUGCCUCCCAAUAUCCAUCCCGGGGCAAGCCCCCAACCAGGCCGUGCCCUAGUGAUGACUCGGAUGGAUAGCAUUUCUGACUCCCGCCUCUAUGAAAACAACCCCAUGAGGCAAAGACGACCUCCUCUGUGCCGGGAACAGCAUGCCAGCUGGGACCCGCUGCCCUGUGCAACUGACUCCUAUGGCUAUCACUCCUAUUCCUUGAGUAACAGCCUCAUGCAACCAUUUUAUGAGCCAGUUAUGGUACGGAGCGUGCCUGAAAAGAUGGAGCAGCUUUGGAGGAAUCCUUGGGUUGGAAUGUGCAAUGAUUCCAGGGAGCAUAUGAUCCCAGAGCACCAGUAUCAGACCUACAAGAACCUCUGCAAUAUUUUCCCUUCUAACAUCGUCCUUGCAGUGAUGGAGAAGAAUCCCCACACAGCAGAUGCCCAGCAAUUGGCAGCCUUGAUUGUUGCUAAGCUUAGGGCUGCAUGUUGA